AUGCAGCCACUUCUGCUCCUGAUGGCCUUUCUUCUGGCCACCAUGAUAGAGGCAGAAUUUUUCUUUCAGGGAAAAGUAAUUGGAGGGCAUGAAGCCAAGCCUCACUCUUGUUCCUACAUGGUACUUAUUCAGAUCACAACUCCAAAACGUAGAAGAUGUGGGGGUUUCCUUGUGCGUGAGGAUUUCGUGCUGACAGCAGCUCACUGCUUCAGAAGGUCAAUCAGUGUCACCCUGGAGACCCACAACUUCAAAAAGCACGAGAAGACCCAGCAGAUCAUCCUGGUGAAAACAGCCAUUGCCCACCCAGGCUACUGUCCCAGAUUCAAUGACAUCAUGUUACUGCAGCUGCAGAAGAAGGCCAGACCGACUGCCAUCGUGAGCCUCCUCAGGCUGCCCAGGAGGGGAGAGGAAGUGAAGCCAGACAUGGUAUGCAGUAUGGCCAGCUCGGGGCGCCUCGACAUGAACACCACCACGAACAAACUGCACGAGGUAGACCUGGAAGUCCAAAGGGACGAGCUCUGCAUCUCUUACUACAAAAGGUUUUACAGCAAAGCCACACAGAUAUGUGUGGGGGACCCAAAAAAGAAUCAGUCUUCUUUUUCGGGAGACUCUGGGGGCCCCUUCGUGUGUGACAACGUGGCCCAGGGCAUAGUUCCCUUGGGAAAAAACAAUGGGAAUCCUCCGCGUGUCUACACUAGGAUCUCCAGCUUUCUGCCCCGGAUAGAAAGAACAAGGAGGCGUCUCCAGCUGCAAAGACCGGACUGA